AGGGGUUAAGUGAGCCGUGCCGGGCCGUAGAAGCGAGCUAGCGGUGGCGCGGCCCGUGCUCGUGCCAUAGGACCUCUGCCAGGCAGUAGUGCGUUCGUUUACAAGAUGGCAGACGGUCCGUCCGCGGACGACGCGGCCACCGACCUGGGGGACAGUGAUUUUCGUUUAACGAGGGAGCGAUACAAACGUCAGGACGCCCCGUCCUCGAUAACGUUGUUGGGCACGGGUCAGGAUACCGCGAGACGCAUCCACGAAGACGCUUCGGUGCACGAGAGUAAUCCUUAUCAUCGACUGCAUCAACAACAUCAACAUCGUCCCCCCCGUCGUAAUAAUCAUGCCCAUCCUCAUCAUAAUCGUCGGCAUGUGAAUAACGGUAACAAUAACAACAACAAUAACCAUCAUCACCAUUAUCAUCGUCGCGAUCGCGAGGAGAACGAGGACGUCGUCGACGGUAACGAGCGUUUUAGUAAAAACGAGAGUGUGAACGGUGUCGGUCUCGACACGAUGCGCGUUAUUUCGUUCGCGUCAACGAACCGCGAGGAUUACGACGAGGACGAGGACGACGAGGAUACGUUGGCGGAUGAGAACGGUGGUUCGAAGAAGUGCCGUGCCGGUGUUCGUAUCGAUGUAACAAAGACGGUGAAGAACGGUGAGAGCUGUAACGGUGGUAGUAAUAAUAAUAAUAAUCGGAGCAGUGGUGGCGAGGGUGCCGCGAUGACCGGUGGUGGCAACGCGUCGCGCGGUGACAAUGCCGCCUCCACAGCCGACGGUCGGCGGUCUAGGUCCGUGUUUCACGACGCGAAUGCUACGAACGAUCGCGCGACCGAACCGAACGACCGUCGCGGCCGCCGCGUGGACGACGCGAACGACGACGACGACGAGGACGACGACGACGACGGAAACGCGUUACAGAAAGUGAAUUGUCUUGGAUGCGAUAACACCGAGAUCGAGAGAGUGGUCGACGACGACGACGACUCACGAAAGACGGACGGCAUUGCUAGUGAUGGUAGUAGUGAUGGUAGUGGUAGUGGUGCUGCUGCCGCCGCCGCUGUUUCUGCUUCUAAUGCCGCUGGUGUUACUGCAAAUGGCCUCGUCGCCGCUAGGCAUCAGGGCAGCCCUUUCAAGGGACAGGUUAGGACGGCCGAGGACACCCUCGUCGGCCCUUGUGGGAAGAAGCGGUGCACCGAUCGAUACGACAGCUCCGAGAGUUCUGACAGUGGCGUGGCAGUGUCCUGCGGAGAGUGCAGCAGCAGCGGUACCAGCGACAUCACGGAGCCGGGAUCCCCGUGCAGCACGAGCAGCGACGAGGGGGUAGCGAUACGCGGCGCUUCCGCCAGCCCAUUUCCGUCCUUACCCAAGCUGGUGCCGUCCCCGCAGAUCGGUACCAGGCCCCAGUGGCCCUGGACCCCGCCUCUGGCAGCCACCGCCUGCUCGACCUACAAGAGGCUCAGAGGCGAGCCCGAGGCUGGCGCCUUACCGAGGUCCGGGGCCGCGGAUCCAACCUUCAGAGGUACCACCAAGUCCAACACCAAGCCUAACGUCGGUCAACAUCAUCACGAGUCUCAAGGGAAGAUCACGGAGUACUUCAAGACUCAGAUCAAACCGCAACAACCCAAGAUCAAGAAGAACAGCGAGACGAUGUCGGUGUUGGUGGCGAAGAGCUCGUCAGAAUUCAGGAGGCCGCCCACGGUACAGAGGAACAAGGGAGGGCUGGCCAAGUAUUUGGGGACGGUGUCGACGAACGGUCGUAACGCGACGAACAACGACUGGGAAGUGCGGACGUUGACGAUGUCGCCGCCGCCGACGAAGAAACCGCCAUCGGUAAUCGUACCGAGGACCAAUGGUAAGAUGGACAAGAAGUUAACCAAGCCGGUGCCCAGUUUGCCGAUCUCGAACGAUGUGCUGAAGAACAUAUCGAGCUGCAAAAUCUCGUCUAUCAGGUUGACGUCGGAAACGAUCCCUAAUGCAAAGAACGCAACGCCGAUUUCCUCGCCGCCGCCAGCUUUGACCAGCGAGGCGGUGCCUCUCGAUUUCAAGGGAUGCAUACCCUCGAAACCGCACGUGAACGAGAACAACAACCUGACGAACGGCUGCGGGAACAUCCUGGGCUCGUUGAGGUCCAGCCAGGACCCACUGUCGAGGCUGAUCGUGCCUAGCAACACCGAGACCAAGGAGACGAGGGUCAGCCCCGCGGACGAGGACGACGUCGAGGAAGAGGAGGAGGACUCGAGGAGCAGCGAGUCCAAGCCACCGCUGUCGCCGAUACUCUCGGCCCCGACCACCAUACGAUUUCCAGCCCGAGAACCGGAGAAGGACAGGCAGCAGGCCACCGACAGCGGUGUCUGUCGAUGGGACAAGUGCGAGGAGAGCUUCGAAUCCAGCGGCGGACUUUUGGAACACUUACAGACGGCGCACAUCAACACGCAAACGGGCGGCGACAAUUUCGUCUGCCAGUGGCAAGGGUGCAAAGUGCAAGGGAGAAGUUCUUGUUCGCGUAGAUGGUUGGAGCGUCACGUCCUGUCCCACGGCGGCAACAAACCGUUCCGGUGCAUCGUGGAUGGCUGCGGCAACAGGUUCAGCUCACAGACUGCUCUGGAGAGGCACGUGAACGGACAUUUCAAUCAACCUGAGACGAGCAACAACAGCGCUAGACGGAGUUGCGAGAGCGGCGGAAAGUUAGUCAGAAGGAACGGCAAACGGCUCAGAUACAGGCGACAACCCUGGUCGGCGAGACUUUUCGACUACUUCGACACGGGAGUGAUGGAAGGUCUCCAGCACAGAUUGCUCCAACUGGCAAAGUCGAGGACGCAAGGUCGUCUCGCCGAGACACCGGGAAACUCGAUCGCCCUAACUAGUCAAGUAUUAGCUCGAAGAGUGGAAAUGGACGGGAAGGCUAAGGUUCUGUUGCGGUGGCACCCUACGGAUAUCAAGCCGGACGAGUGGGUGCUCGAGUCCGAAGUACAAAGCACGGAGAACGUGGAGAUACGUAAAGUGUCGGCCAGCAACCCGGAAGAGGUGAGUGUGGCACUUUAUGCCGCCGUGAGCGGCGGCACGCCGCCAUUGACGCGGGUUAAGCAGCGCCGAAAACCGACCAAGAACUCGUGAUAAUGUCGAUCACGGUGAUCGAGGACAAGCGCGACGAAGCAGCAACGACUAAGCCAGAGAACGAAAUAAGGACGAGUCCUGUAUCAGGACGAUUGUGCUUCCUGGUCUGUGUAGAAAGGAGCCUGGCGAGAGAACCAGAACCUGAACGUGUCCAGAGGAAUACCGGAGUAAGACGUGUGAUGUCCGCACGAUGGAAGUAGCGAAACGUUCCGAGCAGAAUCGAACGUCGUAAGAACCCGAGAGUAUCGUUCGAGAACGAAACAGAACACGGACGAUCGUACGAGUCCGUGAGAGGAGCUUACGUUUACGGAUAAGAACGCGAAUAAGGAGGGACAAAACAACGGACAAACAUUAAAGAUGUAGCAAAGAGUACACGAGAUGAGAAAUGAAAUAGUACAGUCUAAUUUAUUUAGCCUAAAAUCCAUCGGCCGUUAGGUAAAUAUAUAGUAGUCGUGGAUAGCGAUGAAAUGAUAUUCUUGUUGCCUAUCGAUACCAAAUUUUCCAAACGUUUGGGGUUGUUUCCUGCCACGAGUGCCUGUUGACAACGACGACACUCGUCGGACUCGGAAGAGCUAGGCUUGGGCCUCAAAAGUGCCUCACCGUGGAUGCGUUUUAUAUCGUUGACUGUCGUGCAAGACCAAUCGUAUAGACGGCGGAGUUGAAUUUAAAAAUGGGGGAAAAAAAUACAAAAAAAAGUAAAAUAAAUAAUAAAGAAGAAAUCAAUGACGCGAUGACGACGACGGGGAUUUUACGUAGGAAUACUCGACGCGUUGAGCGGAAGAAUAAUAAAACGUGAGAGAAUCGAACAAAAACUGUUUAAACGUUAGUUAACGACUGUAAGGAGAUAAUCACUCUGGUGGCCUUAGGAAUCAAUUAAUAUCUAGCAACGGCCCCUUGGCGCUUCCGGGCCCUGUUUUAGUACCCCGUGACAGAAGCCAGAAGAAAAGGGGUGGAGAAGGGAGACGUGAAACGCGCGGACUUCUUCGACACACCCUCGACCCUCGACCAACUUUCAGAAGGAGAUGUAUCUACCUCUAUUUUCAGCUCGGUAGAAAUUCGUGUUGGCCGUUGUCGUACGACAGAGGAGGAGGAGGAGGUGGAGGGAAGAGGCAGAUAAAAAGAGAAGGAACAAGAAGAGGAACGAAAACAAGGGGGCGUGCGCGCGUGGGCAGCGUCCGAUAACGAAAUCACGUCCAAAAAGAAGAAGGAAACGAAGAACUGUGGCCAGGGUACGCGAAUCUGUAUCGACGAGAAGAGCGAACGCGAGGACGGUUGACCCGCAAUAGAGAAGACAUUGUCGGACGACACUCGUACGCCAACGAGAUUUCUAUCGAGAUUUAUCCGUUUUUUCGAGAAAAGAACAAUGUAAAAAAAAAAAAAAUAUGGAGUUAAAGCGAAGGGAAGCCCUCGAUGCCCGAGGCACGCUCGAGAAGAGAAGAAUCGCAGCGCAAAGCUCAGCGUUUCGAGCUUGCCUCGUCUGUGCCCGAGGCGCGUUUCGAUAGUCGCCUAUUUUUAUCUUUCCGCCGAGUUACGUGCAGCAUUUCGAUGCGAGCCUGUCGCUGCGUAACGAAUCAACAUCGACCGUUUCUUUCCAUUCGCCACUCUCGUAUCCACCGAGAGCAUCGCCAGGAAUCUCCAGAUCGUUUUUUAAACCUUCCACGACGAACAGUCGAUUCGGUCGUGUCGCCAAGUUACCGAGAUCAUCGACACAUGCGCCCGUAUCCGCGCGUCUUCUCCGUUCCGAGUAUCCGCGUCGUCUCAACGUUAAUCCGCGCGGGCAAGGAACGCGCCGGAAUAACCGUCAGCGAAGAGUUCGAGCGCGUGCUACCUACGGAAGACGCGACGAAAACGAGCCAGAAGUUGAACCACUAGUCGGAGAUGCCUGCGUGAAAGAUCCAACGUACACGUUCGAAGACAUAGCGGAUCAUUAAACCUGACAUUCGGCAGCGAGAGCGAUCGCGCAUCGUGCUGUACGAUUCGUAGACGAAGAGCUGUUACUCUGAAUAGGGGACAAAACACGAUGGCUGUGUUACAUUUUCCACGGAGUUACU